AUGUCAGACCUCAGAGGAGAGCCUGCUCAUUCGAAUUUCUGGUCCACCUACAACGGUUCCGCUCACUUGGCCAACAGACUCGGAACAGCAACAAUGGACUCUGGCUUUCAUAGCUCAGCUUCGGCGUCCCCUCUCCCAGGGCGCCCUCGCAGUGGCCAUGACCAGUCCUACACCUAUGGACGGUAUCCUCAAGAAGAAUCCGUUGCGUAUGACCGUCACUCUCAAUCGAGCCUGUCUGCUCAGCAUAGCUACCCCAGCCUCAAGAGGCCCUUCUCGCAAACUGAACCGGCCGCAUAUCAGGAAAUCGUUCAGGACUUGCGAGAUGACGGCUCUCGAUUGACGGUGAAUCAAGAUCAUAAACUGCUGGCUUUUCGGCGAACACAGGAUAAGCAUACCAUCGUGGAUCAACAAGGCCGAAUGCAGCAACUGGAAUUAUCCGCCCAGCUUCAUGGCAUGUUCUUUCUUUCUGAGAUGCCAUCGACUGCCAGCGACGGGACUGCCUUACAACCCGAAUUAACUUGCUACAGAAGGAAUCUGUUUCAAAUUAGUGGUUCUUUGAUCACCCCCAGAGGACAACUCUCUGUCGUCAACGAGAGCAACGAGACCCUACUGGUGACAAGCAUGGAGGUCGCCAUAUCUGCUAUUGAGUCUGUUGAUGGCAACCCCGUCCGCCUCAUCGUCAUUCCAUGGAAAACUCCUCCACCUAAUGCCCCUGAAAUUAACCAAAGCCCGGAUCAAGAACCUGCCGCCCUCCCGUUGAUUCCCUUCCAAGAUGACGGAUCUGAGCCUGAAGGAGACUACGCCGUUUAUCCUAUCGGCUGGCGCCGACUCCAGUUCAGAAUUGCUACUGCAAACAACGGUCGACGAAAGGAGCUUCAACAGCACUUUGUGCUUCACCUUAAAGUGUUUGGAACCUUGUCUGACAGCUCCAAAGUUGUCCUGACAGAAUCCACCACUGCCCCAGUUGUAGUGCGCGGCCGCAGCCCGCGCAACUUCCAAGCCCGCAGAGAGAUCCCCCUGCUGGGAUCAAGCGCUGGCUCAAGGGGCCAAGCCUUGGUAGAAACCGGCUUGGGAGUUGUCGCUGGCGCAUUAAGUGUAAAGCCACAAGAGCUCAAGAGAAGUGUGGAUUUACAGGUACCACGCUCGAACUUUACCUUUAGCGCUCCCAAGGUCCCCGGGAGCGGACAGCUGGGUUCAAUGAGACCUGCCAACCCAUAUCCAACUUGGAGUGCUAGUAGUAGCAGCACGUCUAUCUCUCAAGUCGCCUCAUCUGGCCCAGGAAGCUACUCAGCGGCAACGAUGGGCGCUGAUACGUAUUCUAAAGUUUCCAUGCCUACCGCGUCGACCUUUACUUCAGAUCCCCAAGAGCUGCCACUUCAAUCAACGAUAUCAUCCUUGCCACUUGAGCAGCAACCAUCGGCUCGUGGGCAGUAUACCUAUGUACAACAGCAAACUUCCGGAUCCCAGCUGCCAGCUAGCACACCAGCAGUGAGCGGCCAGGAUAGCGCUUUGAGCAUCCCUAGAUAUGUUGAAAACGGCCGACCAAACAAGAGUCCGAGACAUAGCGGCCAGCAGUCUGUUCAUGCAACCAACUCCGUGAACAAUAGCGAAUCGCCCGAGUACCGGUACGGAUCUACGACGCAAGGAUCAACCUCUUCAAGGGAAUACUAUUCGUCAUCACAAGCCUGGUCUAGCACCGUCGCCGGCGAGAACAGCUCCACUACAGCUUAUAAUACAACUGAUGCGAGACCAUAUCCAUUCUCCCAUGACUCCUAUAAGGCGGGGACAACAACUGGAUCUUCAGCGAAGCCUGAAUCUCGCGGGUCGUUUGAGCACAUGCAUAAUUAUUCAUGGACUGCAAGCUAG